GCCAUGUGUUCAUCUGCCUCUCUCGCUCUCUCUCUCCCCUCCCCACUGUACUUAGGUACUACCCCAACUCAUCUCUCUCCCUCUCUCUCUCUUCUAUAUACUUCAUUCAUAUUAUUAUUAUCAACAUCAUUCUCUCCUCUCGUUUGAAUUAAUAUAAUAUUCAUCCAGCCAUGGUGCUCGAGCAACCACAGUUGACUACUCCCACAUUGCUUCAUGGCGUUCCUGUCAUUGACCUCUCAAACCCUGACUCUAUUCCAUGCCUUGUCAAGGCCUGUGAAGACUAUGGUUUCUUCAAAGUAGUCAACCAUGGCAUCCCUGCUCAUUUCAUCUCCACUCUUGAGUCACAAGCCAUCGAUUUCUUUUCUUUACCUCUACAUGAAAAAGAAAAGGCAGGACCUCCUCACCCUUUUGGCUAUGGAAACAAGACCAUUGGACGUAACGGCGACUUCGGCUGGCUUGAAUAUCUCCUCUUAACAACCGACCAUGCCUUUGAUUACCACAAUCUUGCUUCUGUCUCUGCUCAGACCCCGGAAACUUUUAGGCGGGCCGUGAAUGAUUAUGUAUGUGCUGUGAAGAAUAUGGCAUGUCAGAUUCUGGAGCUUUUGGCGGAAGGUUUGAGGAUUCAAGAGAAGAAUGUGUUUAGUAAACUUCUGAUGGAUGAACAGAGUGACUCUGUUUUUAGGCUGAAUCACUAUCCUCCCUCUCCGGAUAAAAAUUUGAUUGGGUUCGGAGAACACACCGACCCACAAAUCAUAUCUGUUCUGAGGUCUAAUAAUACCUCAGGCCUCGAAAUCUGUUUGAAAGAUGACAGCUCUUGGUUUUCAGUUCCUCCUGACCAAGACUCCUUCUUCAUCAACGUUGGAGACUCUUUACAGGUGAUGACUAAUGGGAGGUUUAAGAGUGUGAAGCAUAGGGUUUUGGCAAAUAGUGAGAAAUCAAGGGUGUCAAUGAUUUAUUUCGGAGGACCACCACUAAGUGAAAAGAUAGCUCCAUUGCCUUCUUUGCUCAUGGAAGGAGAGAACAGCAGUUUGUACAAGGAGUUUACUUGGUUCGAGUACAAAAAAUCUGCCUACAAGUCAAGGCUUGCUGACAAUAGGCUCUGCUUGUUUGAGAAAAUCGCAGCCUCAUAACAUGGCUACUCAGUGAUUCACAAGUGAAAGUGAAAUGGCAGUCAUUUUAUAUUUACCUGUGGUAAGUUUGUUAUGACUUGGAGAGAUAGGGUUGGAAGUAAAAUUUGUGUCAUCAUGGUUAUCUUUUUUGCUUCGGAAAUGUUAUGUUGUUAAUGGCCAUCCAUUUAGCUAAUUGUGCAUGGCCAGUGUUUUUUCUUUCUUC